AGGACCUGCCAUCUCCUUGUUAACUUUUAGAGUCUUUGGCUAAAGUCCUGGAGGCUACAGCCCGAAGAUGACCUCUCUGGGCCAGCCCAGCCUCAGGGGCACCCUCAAAGAAACUUCGCUUUGUCCUGGAGUGUCUAAGAGUUCUCCAGCCCUGAAUGAUCAGGAUACCCGGGAUCAGCUCCUAAAGCAGUUCCCCAGAGGCUACUUCCCCUUCUUGCAGUUUAGGCCAGGGAUGGGCAAACUUUCUGUAAGAGGCCAGAUAGAUGGUGAAUAUUACAGAUGCUACGCCAAGUGCCAAGUGGGCCAGGCCUCACCUGGCAAACAAGCCCACCAGGACAGUCAAGAACCAGCCAGUCCUGAGUCACCCCAGCACGUGGCGGUUAAGACCCCACAGGAGUCAACCUUUGAAAACGUGACCGCGAGGUCAUCUGACUGGCUCCAGCCACCCAUCGCAGUGGAUGACCAGCUAGAGACCGAGCUGUUUGGCUGGGACGAGGAGCCCCAGUUUUGGCAAGAUGUCCUGACCGAGCACCUCUGGGAGGUUUACGCUGGUGACCACACUAAGGUGGAGGAGCCGAGAUGCAGACACAGAGUGACGGAGCAGGCACCGGGCCUGGAAAACAAGCCUCCAGGAUCAGACUCGGGAGCAGAGACAUAUCCUGAAGAUACCCUGAGUUCUUCCAUCCCCAGCCUGCCUGAGACUGCCUCCAGCUCCCCUGAGGGUUCCCAAAAAGGGAGCACGAUUCCACACACGGUCCAGGAGUCGGAGCCUGCUGGACGAGUCCGUCCGUCUCUGAAGCCCAUAUCCUGGGACUCCGAGGACUUCGAAGACGACUGGCAGAGGCCGGAUAGCUUGCUCCGGCAACCCAGGGAGCUGGCAGUCCCACUCAAGAUAGAAAAGAUGCGGGCGCUAAGACACGGGGAGCCCGUGCUCGCCACGGCCGUCAGCAGCUUCACGCAGCACGCCUUUACCUGCGGCAGGGGCGGCGUCAAGGUGUGGAGCCUGACUGGCCACGUGGCCGUGGACAGGCUCCCCGAGACCCACCUACCUGCACAGACGCAGACCCGCGGGGCCUACCUGCGCACCUGCCUGCUGUCCUCGGACAGCAGAGCCCUCCUGACAGGUGGCCACGGCCUGGCCAGCGUGAGUGUGUGGGACCUGGCAGCACCCUCCGUGCAUGUGAAGACUGAGCUGCCCUGUGAAGGUCUCACCUGCCAGACCCUGGCCCUCAACCUCGAGGACAACUUGGCCUUUGCCAGCUUCACCAGUGGCACAGUCAGGAUCUGGGACCUGCGGGAUCGGAGCGUGGUCAGGGACCUCACCAGCCACCCAAAUGGAGCCAAGAGCCUCACAGUCAAAAACCACAGCGUCUGGGCGGGAGGUCUGGACGCCUGUCUGCGGAGCUGGGACCUGAGGGCGGUCAAGGAGCCUCUAGAGUACCAAUUCGAGUCACAGAUCAUGAGCCUGUCCCACAGCCCCCGGGAAGACUGGGUGCUGUUGGGCUCGGCCGACGGCCAGCAGUGGCUGCAACACACCAGCGGUGGCCCAAAGCGCGUGGCGGGGCGUAAGGACUUUACCAUCCUCGGUCUCAAGUUCUCCCCCUCUGGGCAGUGGUGGGUGAGCGUGGGCAUGGACGACAUGGUCAGCGUCUACAGCAUGCCCCGGGGGACACUGGUGUUCCAGGUACCCGAGACCACCUCUGUCAUGUGCUGUGACGUGUCUUCCAACAACCGCCUGAUUCUCACGGGCUCUGGUGACUAUGCCUCCGUGUACCAGAUCACCUACUGAGGGGCCUUGCCCCGGCCACCCCAGCUGUGGCUCCUUUUCUGUCUUUUCCCCCAUGUGGGGCGCAGCGGUGGGGGGGAGUGGCUGGUGGGAGGGAGGGGUCUUCAGGGCACAGCAGGACUCAGCUGGGGGUGUGCGGCCUCUGCUCAGUCACGUCUAAUAAAGCAACGGGAAAAAGCAGAA